GGGCCGACCAACAGUAGUCAAGUGUGUGUUUGUGUGUGCUCGUUGGGCGAAACGUGUCUAUCAGCAAAGACACACACACAUUUGCAGAUUACGGGAUAUUUUUCAGGAAUUGGAAGUUUUACAUUGGUUUCUCUGAAAAAGUUUCGAUGCUAUAUUAUGUACAGCGCGGAAUUUGGCCUCUGAAGCGCAGGAUUUAUCCGACUCCGUUUCCACUGAAGACUCUCCGCUCCUCCUCCCCCUCGAUGAAGCGCUGCGAUGCCCUCUGAUUUUAUAUCCCUCCUUACCUCGGAUAUUGACCUCAAUUCCCCUAAAUCUCUAUACUCUAAAGAGUCAGUAUAUGACCUCCUCCCCAAAGAGCUCCAGCUUCAGCCGUCGUCCACCCAGACAGACCCACCCACCAUGAGCCAGAAGAGCGGGGGAGAGGCGGGACCUCCCCCCCCUGCAACGUUGGCCUCAGAUGCCACCUCUUCCACCUCCAGCCCCUCUGCCUCUUCCUCCCUGGCCAUGGGCCUCUCUACCUCUCCCUCAGACCACCUCACGGUCUCUCAGCACCUCCACUCCACGGGAGCGGACGGGCCCGGAGCGUCAGAGAUGCAAGGCAUGGAGGCGGCCGGAUCGGCGCCCAGCAGAGGCGGCGGCGGAGCGAACCCCACAGGCGGAGACGGAGGGACUAGCGUGCUGUCGGGGCUGGGCGUGCAGCAGCUGCAGAACACGCCGUCAAAACGGAGGCCCGUGUUGAGCAUAUCGCCGCCACCCGAAGAUCUGUUUGACGACAGCCAAAUGUCGUGCCAAGAGGAACCCGUCGUCGCCGCGGCGGCGUGUCCGGACUCGGAGCACAGCAGCAGCAUGUGGGCCGACGACUCCGUGUCCAACUUCAGCAUUAUCAGCUCCGUCUCGUACAAUGACAACACGGAAGUGCCGCGGAAAUCCAGGAAACGGACCCCCCGCCAGCGACCGGGCCCCAAGCCGACCCCUCCGGAGGACAGCAUGGACGUGUUUGAUGCGGACAGCGCCAAGGGUCCUCACUUUGUCCUCUCCCAGCUGAGCACAGACAAGACCAGCUCAAUUGCAAGCUCUCUCGAUUCAGGAACUGCAGUGAAAGGUGGCUCACUGUCUGCCCAGUUUCCUCAGAGGAGUGACGGGAAGGAGCUGAAGAUCCUGGUGCAGCCAGAGACCCAGCACCGAGCCCGGUACCUGACGGAGGGCAGCAGAGGUUCUGUUAAAGAUCGCACACAGCAAGGAUUCCCCACUGUCAAGUUGGAAGGCAUAAGCGAACCAGUGGUUCUUCAGGUGUUUGUUGCCAACGAUGCGGGCAGAGUGAAGCCUCACGGUUUUUAUCAGGCGUGUCGGGUAACGGGACGCAACACCACUGCCUGUAAAGAGGUGGACAUAGACGGCACAACGGUUAUAGAGAUCCCUCUGGAACCCAGCAAUGACAUGACACUAGCUGUGGACUGUGUGGGGAUUUUGAAGCUGCGUAACGCAGACGUGGAGGCACGAAUCGGUGUGGCGGGAUCCAAGAAGAAAAGUACACGAGCCAGGCUGGCCUUCAGGGUCAACAUCCCCCAACCCGAUGGCUCAGUGCUCACCUUGCAGGUCCCCUCAUCACCCAUCCUCUGCACCCAGCCAGCUGGACUCCCAGAGAUCCUGAAGAAGAGUCUCCACAGCGGCUCAGUGAAAGGAGGCGAAGAGGUUUUUAUAAUUGGGAAGAACUUCCUCAAAGGAACUAAAGUCAUAUUUCAGGAGAACAUUGCAGACGACAAUUCCUGGCAAGCUGAAGCGAAGAUUGAUACGGACCUUUUUCAUCAGAACCAUUUGGUGGUGACCGUCCCUCCAUUCCACAGCCAGUCCAUCACCUCUCCUGUGUCUGUGGGGAUUUUUGUGAUGACCAAUGCUGGUCGAUCACACGAGGCUCAGGCUUUCACCUACACUCCAGAAUCAGAUAAUUCAAGCGGCCAGACGGUCAAAACAGAAGGAACGUCGCUGGUCAACACCUGCAUCUUUGACGGUCAGAUCAAAUCCGUGUCCUCGGAGCAGAGCGACUGCUCUGGCCAGCCUUCCAAGCGGCAGGAGGACACACCCAUGGAGGUCUCCAGCAACCCUCAACCCACAGAUGUUUUCAAACCGUCCCCGGACCCUCUGAUCUCAGUGCAGCAGACUCUGGAGCUAAACUCAAGCCCUCAUCCAGGAGGGGAAGCUUUCGAGAGCCCGAUGCCCCUGCAGCCUGAAGACGUUGAGCUUCCCCAGGCGCCCCCCGUCUUUCCCAGCCUGGAGUCUCUCAGCACCAUCCAAAAGCAAGAGAUCUCUUCUGCCACAUCCUUUCCCGUGUCGGGGGACACCACCAUCCCCCCGGUGACGCCAGAAGUCCCCCAGCAGUUCCUCAGAGACCCUCAAGAAAGCCUUUCUCCGGAGAGCUCCGAUAACAGCGGGACCAUAAUGGUCGUAGCCAUGCCUCAGAUGGCGGCUCCUGCUCAGCCGCCACCGCAGCAGACGCAGGUCCCCCUGUUUCCCCAGGAAGGAGUGGCCCAGUUGGAGCGGGCAGUAAGGGAGCUGCAGGCUGGAGGGACCACCACCCUGGAGCAGGUGCUGGAGGUGGCGGUGGCGCAGCAACAGCUCAACUCCGUGCUCUACAACCCGACAGCGUCGGCAGAGUCCUUACAGCAGCAUGUCCAGGAGAACAUGAACAGCCUGCGGUUGGGCAACUCCGAUAGCUCCCUGUCGGCACAGCAACAGAUACAAAUGCAGCAACAGCAGCAGCAGCAACAGAUACAAAUGCAGCAACAGCAGCAGCAGCAACAGAUACAAAUGCAGCAGCAUCAGCAACAAAUACAGCAGCAGUUCCAGCAACAGCAACAAAUCCUUGAAAACCUGCAGCAACAUCAGCAGCAGCAGCAACAACAGCAGCAGCUGCAGCAGCAGGUUCUCAACAACAUGCAGAUCCAGCAGCAGCUCAUGCUGCAGCCUCAAGACCAACAGCAGCUGCAGCAGCAGCAGAUGAUGGAGAAUAUCCAGCAGCAGCAGCUGCAGCAAAAUCAGCAACAACAAGUCCUGAACAACAUCCAACUCCAGGAUCAGCAGCAGCAGAACCAGAUCCUGAGCAAUCUGCAGCAGCAGGAGCAGCAGGUCCUGGAAAAACUGCAGCAGCAGCUACAAGCCGAGCUGCUGCAGCCCCAGAUUCACUCCUCCCCCCAGGCGCAGCAGCCCGUCUCCCUGCUGCAGCAGGCGGGAGAGCUGCUCACCAUCCAGACCAGCUUCCCGACGCCGCCGCCAUCCCACACGUCUCCGCCACAGCAACUCUUCCAGUCGCCGCAGCCGCUGGCCGAGACCCAGAACUCCCAGCAGCAGGUGCAGGCCGCCCUGCUCCAGAACACGCUGACCGUCCUCUCCGGCGGCGGCCUCGGGUCCGAGCAGCAGCCCACGGGCUCGACCAUAUUUCUGUCCACCAACCCUCAGCCGCAGCAGGCACCGCAGCAGCCCCAGCUGGCCUUCAUCUCUUCCAUGGAGACGUCAUCCAGCCAGCCCCAGCCCGUUUCCAUGUUCCAGAACCAGCCUCCGACCCAGCUGUCCCAGCCAAUGGAGCAGCAGCAAUCCCCGCAGCAAAACCAGCAGCCGCCACAGCAGCUCCCGCUGGGCCAGCAGGGCACCUUGUUCCAGAGCAUCCCAAACCACUCGCAGGCCAACGCCGUCCCCCAGAACCAGAUCUCUCAGCCCCAGCAGACGGGCCUGCUCCUCUGUACUUCAGAUCUGCUGUUUACCACCCCGGCUCAAGCCGCGCCCCCCAUCGCAGGCAUUGGCGUUGGAAUCACCCAACCCGACACAGCCGAGCCCAUGUCGUUCCAAGUUCAGAGCUCCUCUGGCAGCAACGCCGCGCCCACCGCAAACCAACAGCAGAGCCUGUUCCAGGAGCAGCAGCCCAUGCAGGUGACCCCGAGCCCCAGCCAGGUUCAAAACAGUCAGCCGAUGAAGCUGUACAUCCCACAGACGUCCCUGUCAGGGCUGCAGGGGACCAUUGGCUCCCAGGAGCUCAACACCGAGGCGGCAGCUCCAACUGCAACCAUCUUUGUGGUGCAGGGUGGUGUUGGCGUGGUCGCCAGCCCAGGCCAGCAGCCGCCAGAGCAGCUGUUCCAGACCGCAGUGGGCGGCACCGUAGCGCCACAAGGGCAGCCCAACCUAUUUGUGUUUGGCAUCCAGAAUGACUCAUCCCAGUUGCUCAGUUCUUCUGGACCGAACCUGCCUGCUCAGACCCAAGCCCAGAACUCCAGUCACAUACAGCCUCUGCUGGAUCAGCCCAUGCCCCAGGCCGCGCCCGCCAUGCACAGCAAUCUGCAAAACACUCUUCAGGCACAAAUGCAGACCAGCCUAGAAAAUGCACUGCAGUCAAACACCCAAACUCCAAUGCAGACCAGCCUGCAGACACAGAUACAGAGCAGCUUACAGAAUCAGAUGCAGGCGACCAUUUCUGCAACGUCUGGCAUGGAUAAAAUCGAGGACAUCCUGGAAAGUCUGCAGAAGCAAUGAGACGGGUCGGGACACGUGUGGCUUAAAGUUACAUUUCAUCAAAUUGGCAACGGUGGUGUGUUGGUUUUUGUGCCAGUGCCAUAAAACAAAACAAAAAAAAAUCUUAAUGCUUAAUAACAAUACGCCCUUUUACUAAAAACCCAAAUUAUGAGGUUUGACAUGAUUUUUAAAAGGUAAUUAUUAAUUCAUUAUUCAUUUUAGCUAUCGUUCAUUACUCUUGAAUUGUUGAAUCCACCUUUGUAAUUACCCAUCCUGCAAGUUAAUGAGGCCCGGAGUAACUGCUUCAUGCAUUAAUGUAAAAAAAAACAAAAACAAAAAACUGCAGUGUUUCUGUUUUGUGCUUAGAUGAUGUGAGCCUCAGAAAUGAUGCAACAAACCCGCCAGGUGUGGGAGGAGAAAAAAACUGGGAUGGGAUAAAGAAUGUCGGCCACUUGGAAACAUCUGCGGAAUAGGAAUGGAAUGUCAGAUAAAGGCUGAAUCUCAUUUUGUGAAUGUGUGAACUCUGAGGUUUCAUUUCACUUCAGGGUUUCAGGCUGUCAAUCAGAAAACUUUAGGAUUAAAUGUAAUGUUGCUGAAAUGGCUCGUGAUUGAAGACAUCUUUGGUUUUAGUUUUUGGCUUUGAAAAAUUCUUUCAAUUUUCCUCAAACUGCGGAUUUGUACCUCUACAAAUCCAUGUAUGUUGAAAUGCUCAUUUCUUUGAGAAUAAGGAUGUGUUUUUUUAUAUUUGUUAGUAUACAUUUGUUCUGCAUUUGAAGUGUCUGAUGAAGAGGACAGAAGCACAAAGCUAUCAGUUUUUUUACUUGAACUAGGCAUGGGAAGGGAUGAGAUUCUCACGGUACAACCUUGAAUGUCACAUUUUUACAAUAUUUUUACAAAAAUGAAUUUCUUUAAAAAUAUAUUCAAACUGCUUCUAAAUGAAUACAUCUUUUAACUGUUAAUUUAUCUAGUCUCAAGCAGCAACAUAGACUAGCCAUCUUCUAAAUUUAGUAGCAGCAAAAUAUUAUUCCUCGUCAUUCUGAGCGCCGACAGCAUAAGUUCAUAUUGGUUUCUCGGACCAUUCAGGCUAUCAUUUAAAAAGAGCCUUAGCUUAAUGAAAGAGAUUGGUGACGCUUCUACAGUUUCUACGCUAUGACUGGAAAUCUCCCCAAGCUGCCUGAAAUAGUUUUUUUAUUUUUAAGAGAGAGGAAUGAAGUACUGGGGUCUUCUCUCAGCAGGUCCAGCCACUUAAAGCUCAAUUAGCUAACCCUGCUGUUAGCUGUUUACCAGACAUGCUGGUCAUACUUUGCUAACUGAAGUUUUAAAACAGAAUUACAUAGUAAAGGUGAUAGGUGGCUGAAAUUAUUAUUUUUUUCUUUCCUUUUUAAAUUUGUAGUUUUUAAAUAAAAAUGGUUUACCCUGAUGCCUCUAACUGACCCAUGCUUAUGAAAAAAAAAAAAAGAAAUAAAACUUCUCUUUAAAAUGUAUUGUGAACUUCAUCGGGUGCGAGGGGGAACAUUACACAAUCACAAAUCAGGUUCAGCCUGUUGAAUAAUGUGACUUUUUGUGGACGCCAUGCAGUGUUUUCAUGUUUCGGCCUCAUCAGUAGGUUUGUGAAAGCUUUCUGGAUGAAUUUUCAAACAUCAUUCAUGUGUGUGUUGUGUUCAGUUCUUUUUUCUUUUUUUUUUUUCUUUUUGAUGUGUUAGUAGUUUUUACCAAUUAACCGUGGACAGAAAGCAGCUUUCCACUAGUGAAAACAAGAGUGUUGCGUGGUUUUAUAAACAUUUUAUCUCAAGCACUUUAUGACCUCUUUGUGUAACCCGCUCCUCCUGAUUAUGUCCGUCCACAGCUCUGUAAGGAACAAGCUGAAUUUGUACACGAGAAAAAAAAAGAAGGCAGUUGUCUUUGUAUCGAUGAAUACGUUUUAAUCAAACAUUUUCACAUUUAGUCUUUUUUUUUUUUUUUUUUUAGCAAUAGCGUUUAUAUAGAAUGUCAACUUACUGUUCAAGUCUCAGUGGCCCAGUCAAAGCCUGUCCAGAAGCAGCCAUUCCCACUAGAACAUUGCGAUGUUUCACUGUUUGGUUCAGUGGGCCUUUUGUGUUUUACACCAUCGCCAUCUAAGAUAUUCUUUCAUCUUUUGCUCUGAAAUGAAGGAUUUGCGUUCAGUUCUCCUUUUUGUACCGAUUCACUGCAGACUGUUUUGCCAUUUGUCUCGUUUGCGAUGUUUUUUUUUGUAGAGCGUUCAGAGUGGCACCGGAUGAAGUUUUACGACUCGUCUCUUUCAUACUGAGCGAGGGCUCGCUGUUACUUAGAGGCCGAAGCUCCUUGUUAUCUAUGGUGCUAUGUACAGGAGCACCUCUGCUGUGACGUUAACCAUUUCUAAUAGCACUGGCUUUGUUUUUAACCAUGUCUGCAAAGUUGAGUCCACAGCGCUGGCUGUUUGUUGUGGGUUCGGACCGGAGCGCAGCCAGGCGUACCAAAGCUCCCGUUGUGAUUCGUCGCCAUCCGGACACCCUCGUGAUGUUUACUCAUUUCUACAGAUGAAUGCAGCUCUCCCGUGGAAAGCAAUUCAGCAGAUUUACAAAAGACAAGAAAAUAAAAGGUACUUUCCACCAAUCUGAUGCAGUGCAUGACUCGGGGUUCCUACAUUUAUGCAGUCUGGAAAAGAUUGAAAUCUCAAUUCUGUAUUUUCCAGAUCAGCAUGAAAAAUUUUGAUAUUUCCGGACUUCAUUCCUUGUCCCAUUGCACACGUGUUCUGAUUCCUUGUGUCCAUCUGUCACAUUUUUUUAUCUGACAUUCAAUCUUAAAUCCUUCCUUAGUCUUCUUUCCUUGAUGCCUUUCUUCCUUGUCUCGUUACUUCCUUCCUUUCCUUGCUCUUCUUUCCACUUCCUUCUUUUUCUUUAAUUCUGUCUUCCUUGGUAAAAUCCUUGGUGGCUUCCUUCCUUGUGUCCUUUGUCUCCUUGUUCCUCUGCCCUUCCUUCAGUACUUACUUCCUUGCUCAAAACGUUCCUUCUGUUCUUCCUCCAUCGUUCCACCGUUUUUUGUUUUAUUUACCGGUUUUAAAUCAAAACGCAUAGCAAACAUUUAUGUUUAAAAAUGAGUCUUGAAAAGUCUGAAAUUUUUUACACAAACAUUGUGUGGGAACCCUGAUGAUUUUUUUUCCCAUGCAGAUGACACUGCUUUGCUUUCCAUAUUCAAAAGUAGCCAAUUUGGCAUCAUCAAAAAGCCAAUUUUUGAUAAAUAUUCAGAUGUUCUUACACCAUUGGUCAUAAAUGCAUUUUGUUUACAUCGUCAUAGUCAUAUUCUUGUCCUGCAGCUGUUAGUGAUCCAUUUUAAAGUAACUUAUCUUUUUUAAAAUUUUGUAUCCAUGUAUCAGUGUAGAGUAUUUUUGUAAAAACUAAGCUUUUUUUUUUGUGGUUUUUGCUCAUGGCACAGGAGAUAUCAUUGAGAUUGUGCUUUUCUUGAGAUGAAGCGCAGGUUUACUGUGAACUGUUUGAAGUUGAGAAAUAUAAUCAAGUGGACAUCGUUAUUGAUUUUACCCCAACUGUGCAAACCUUAUGACGUGUGGGCAAGUUGUCUUUUUCAUUUUUUUUUUUCUUUUUCAUUUUUUUUUCAACUUAGUUUUCAUGUCAUGCAUCUCAAAUGGCACUUUGACUCAUCCAUUUUACUGUAGAUCAGGUGAGAGCGCAGCCACGCCGUCUCCAAGCAUUCCGUUCCUCUCGGUCAGGGGAGAUUUUAAAAAGAGCACACGAUGUUGUGGAAGAACCGUGGAAAGGUUAAUGCCUCUUAAAGCCAUACCAACACAGAAAGCCAACCUGUGACUUCGCUUUCAUGAAUGUAAAUUUUACCUCAUGGUGUGGACACCUGGCUUGGUCUACAUCUGACAUCGGACCAAUUACCAUUUUAGAGAUUUUUUUUCUUUUGCUUUGUUUUGUUUUCUUCUGAGGCGAAGGGAAUAGAAGUGGGUGUGGCACCAGCUGUCAUUCGUGUCUCCAUUCAUUAGUUUUCUGUCGGAUGGUGAUUUGGUUUCAUGUCCAGCCCUUCACAUUGUCCAGUGAGCCGGUAUAUUUAGGCCUAAAAAAGAAAAAAACAGAGAACCUUGUUAAAUAUUGAUUCAACUGUGGCGAAGAGAAGAGAGCACACACACAUCUUUGCGUUAUGUCAGAGGGCAGAGGGAGGCUUGUCCCUUCAGUCAUGUCGGUGAAUAUCCAUGUAUAUUUAAAUGUGAAAUAUACUGCAGGGGUAUCUUGAAUUUCAAUUGUGAUGCUUUGAACAGAACUUUGUGUGCCUUGACAACUUAACCAUUGCUCUGCUGUGUUUACUGGCGUCCCUUUUGUGUCCCUGCUCCUUGUCCUUUUUAUCCUCUCUGACCCGUAAUCAUUUCAGCAGUCAUAAACAUAGCUCAUACUGAUAUAUUUUCUUGUAAUUUAGUCGUCGAGAUGUGUGAUUUUUAUCAAAAUAUUGCGCAGCUUCACAUUUCUGUAGUUUUCUGUAAGUUUUUUUUUUUGUUUUGUUUUUUCAUGCCUCAUGAGAUUUGUAAGUGUGAGGUAAAAGGGACAAGACGGUGGCGAUUGUUUUUGUAGAAAACGUCCUGGUGUUGGUGUGCUUGUCAACAUUUGUUGAUGUGAAACGCUCGAUCAAAAGGGGCAGCCAUGAUGAGGUAACUGUUUGCCAAUAGCGUGAGCUGUACCUUGUGCAUAAUCAGUUUGCUCACUUUUCCUAGUUUGCUUUCGACUUCACAUCCUUCAACUGUUCUGUUGUAUCAGUUUUGUGUAGCUUGAGCUUUAGUAUCUUAGCCUUAAGACCCUGCAGUAAGGAUAAAGGUCAACCCCAGCGUGUUAUACAUUUGAACUAUUAUUAACAUGUACUUUGCCUUUGUCUGGACAUUUGUAUACUCUUCUGUUUAUAUCUGUAAUCCUGCUGCUACAUUAAAUGAAUUAAUAAAAAUUUAAA